CAACUGGGUAGCUUUGCCAGGCGGGAAGCCACACGGCUGCUGACAGAGAGACAAUGGAGGAAACAGACAGGAGAAAACAACAUGGUCAAUGCCAGACGGGGGCGUGGCCAACGACAUCCCAACCCCGUCACCAUGGAGUCAUAUCUCAGCCACACCUCCUCCACAAAGAAGCCACGCCCCUACUCCAAAUGCCAAGACUGUGUGGCUCGUAUACAGCGGUACAUCGUGACCAAGCUGGGGGAGGACUGGAUCUUCCUGGUGCUGCUAGGCCUCACCAUGGCCCUGGUCAGCUGGAGCAUGGACUACACCAGUGCCAAGAGCUUACAAGCAUAUAAGUGGAUGCACGGGGAGCUGAGGGGGAAUGUCCUUAUCCAGUACCUGGCCUGGGUCGUCUACCCCAUGGUCCUCGUCAUGUUUGCCUCCCUCUUCUGCAACAUAGUCGCCCCUCAGGCCAUAGGUUCUGGUAUUCCUGAGCUGAAGACCAUUCUGCGAGGGGUGGUGUUGAAGGAGUAUCUAACUCUUAAAGCCUUUGUGGCCAAAGUCAUCGGGCUGACCGCCGGCCUGGGCAGUGGCAUGCCCGUGGGGAAAGAGGGUCCCUUCGUCCACAUUGCCAGUAUCUGUGCUGCUGUGCUGAGUAAAAUCAUGUCCAUCUUCUCUGGAGUGUAUGAGAACCCCUGUGGUUACACAGACAUUCUGACAGUGGGCUGUGCCGUGGGGGUGGGCUGCUGUUUCGGCACUCCUCUAGGAGGGGUGUUGUUCAGCAUUGAGGUCACAUCUACCUACUUUGCUGUGAGGAAUUACUGGAGAGGGUAUUUCGCUGCCACCUUCAGUGCCUUCAUAUUCAGGGUGCUGUCUGUGUGGAACAAAGAUGCAGUCACCAUUACAGCUCUUUUCCGAACCAACUUCCGGAUGGAUUUCCCCUUCGACCUGCAGGAGCUCCCAGCCUUUGCUAUCAUUGGAAUCUCCUGUGGGUUCCUGGGGGCCUUCUUCGUCUACCUGAACAGACAGGUGGUUCUAGUGAUGAGGAGACAGACGGCUCUCACACGCUUUCUGACCAAGCAUCGGUUAAUCUACCCAGGUGCAGUGACGUUUGUCAUCGCCACCCUGACUUUUCCUCCUGGAUUCGGCCAGUUCAUGGCUGGAGAGCUGAUGCCUAGAGAGUGUAUUAACUCUCUGUUUGAUAACUUCACCUGGACCGAGCUGUCUGCCACCGCCCUUCCCCCCGGACUGGGGCGCUCCUCAGCCUGGCUGCACCCCGACGUCAGCGUCUUCCUCAUCCUCCUCCUCUUCUUCGUCAUGAAGUUCUGGAUGUCUGCUGUUUCCACGACGAUGCCCAUCCCGUCUGGAGCCUUCAUGCCAGUGUUCAUACUGGGGGCAGCAUUUGGGCGUCUGGUAGGAGAGAUCAUGGCCACUCUCUUCCCAAACGGUAUCCUGUUUGAUGGGAUAGUUUAUCGCAUCCUCCCCGGGGGCUAUGCUGUCAUUGGUGCUGCGGCCCUGACCGGGGCAGUGACCCACACGGUGUCCACGGCUGUGAUCUGUUUUGAGCUGACAGGCCAGAUCUCCCACAUCCUGCCCAUGAUGGUGGCAGUGAUCCUGGCCAACAUGGUGGCCCAGGGCCUGCAGCCCUCCCUCUACGACUCCAUCAUCCAGGUCAAGAAACUGCCAUACCUCCCCGAGCUCAGCCUCGGACACAUCAGUAAGUACAACAUCUUUGUGGAGGACAUGAUGGUGCGGAAGGUGAAAUUCCUGUCCUCCCAGUCGACCUAUCGGGAGCUGGGCUAUCUGCUAGACUCCACCUCCCUCAAAACCAUCCCUCUGGUCGACUCCAAAGAGUCUAUGAUCCUAUUGGGGUCUAUAGAGAGGACAGAGCUGCAGGCCAUCUCUGAUUGGUGGCUUUCGGCCGAGAGGCGUGUCUUUGAGAGGGGUCAGGGGUCACCGGGCCAGGGCUGGGAGUCCUUCACUUUCGUAGACGAGGAGGGAGGAGAGACCUCUCCAGUACAAGAUGAACAGAAUAGGCCACUCCCAUCCCCCAAACCACAAGAGUCCUCCACCAAUCACACCGGCUCAGAGAAGCGUUCCCUCCAGUCUGUGAGGGGAAUAUUUCAGCGCCUCUUCUCCUCUUCCUCUUCCUCAACCAGCCAGGCUGAAGCUCAGGAAUCCACCCCACCUCCACUCACCGACACCAUGUCCUCAGAGGAGAUCAAAGCCUGGGAAGAAGAAGAGUUGGAUAAGCCAAUCAGUAUGGAGGAGAUACGGAUUGAUCCCUCCCCCUUUCAGCUGGUGGAGAGAACCUCCCUACACAAGACCCACACUCUGUUCUCCUUGCUGGGUCUCAGUCAUGCCUAUGUUACCAGCAUUGGGAAACUGGUGGGAGUCGUAGCACUGAAGGAGUUGCAGAAGGCCAUUGAGGGCUCCACCCGUAGUGGGGUAAGAUUGCGCCCCCCUCUGGCCAGUUUCAGAGAUGCCAAUCGUAAAGCCAAGAAGCACGUGGCUCCCCCCUCCACCCCCUCCUCCCCCACCAGGGAGAGGGAGCUAUGGGGUGAGGGGGGGAAGAGGGAGGGAGGGGGUAGUAGGAAGGAGGGGAGCGAUGGGUUUAAGUGGGAGGUUAAGGAAGAAAAGGGGGAGGGAGAUGGAGGAAAGAGGGAGGGAGAGGUGGUAAGGUGGAAGGAUGAGGUGGUUGGGACAGAGGGAGAGGGUGACAUGGAUGAGGCUAAGGAGGAACCCAGGGGGAACGCAGGAGGAGCAGGUGGCUCCAGUGCAGGUGCAGAGUGUGAUACCUCCACCCCCAACAGCCGAGGGACAGACUGUCCCCCUCAGGAGCCUUCCUCCCCCACCUCACCACACUCCACCUCCACUCGUAUCUUCAUUGUGUCAUCCCUUCCUACCGUGCCGGAGACGGAUGGAGAGAGGGAGAGCGAAGAUUCUGAAGAGCCAAUUUAG